UUUUUUUUUUUUUUUUUAAUCAUUAUAAAAACGCCUUACCACAAACACUUCCCCCCCCUCUCUUUUUUUUUUCGUUGUUCCCUUCUUUAGAUAUAUAUAUAUAAAAUGAUUGUGAUUGAUAAUAUAAAGUAUGCUUGUCAAAAAUGUAUAAAGGGCCAUCGAUCCUCACGGUGUGAUCACACAGAACGAAAUUUAAUGAUGGUGCGAAGGAAAGGGCGACCGAUCAGUCAAUGCGAUGCAUGUCGAGAACAACGUAUCAAACGUCAAAUCCAUCAAAAAUGUGUCUGCAAAGCCUAUGAUAAACCCUCUUUUCGCAUUACCACACGUCAUCUCAUGUCCAUUGAUUCUCUCCUAUCCAAAACUACACUCUUGCAUUCUUCUCCACUGAAAUAAAAUAUCGUGACGACGUCACAAAAAAAUUAAUCUAUUUAUUAUUUUUUGAAUAAACGCGUUUUUUUUUUU